AUGAUUCUCAGUAUCAUUCCCUCUCACGGCUCUGGAAGCGUUGAAGUCAAGAAGCCCAAUUUGGGUGAAAAGAGAUUCUCGUUCAGUUCUCCAUUCAGUCAAAUCGCCAAGAACAAGGCCGCCAAUGACAAUACCCACGACGGCCACCCCCAGAAAAAUAUCGGAAUCCAUGUAGCUGGUCCUGAAGUAUUACUCCCGCUUAUCAAUCGACCGAAAGAAGUCAAGAUGCUAUUGCAAGACACUUCAAUUUAUCAACAAUUACAAAAAGUACAUCUUCCUUACCUCAAAGAAUGGGAAACCGUCCAAGCAUUGUUAUUUGAGAGAGAACGUGAAGAAGUGAGCGAUCGUGAAUGGCUUCGAGAAUUGCACUCGAUCAUUUUUGCCAGAUCUCCUCGAUUGUGGUGUCAUUUUAGCGAGUGUAUUGGAGCAAGAGAUGUACAUUUCGGCACAGAAAGCUUUGAUGAUGGAAUGGAGUCGACAAUUGAAAGCGAAGACAAUUGCAUGUCAGACACAUUUGAAGAGGUACAAGUUCCAACAAUUGAAAUUCUCAAACAGCUCCCUUCCACUUACCGCAAGCCGGUGGAUCAAAUCAAUACAAUCUCAAUCGCUGAUUGCCAUAGUGAACAUCAUACAACAUCCGUUGAUGAAAUGACAAGCUCCCUCAAACAACAAGAAGUUCGACAUAUCUCAAAUCAGAACACAGAGUCCUAUCUCGGUCUGCGGAUCCGUUUGCGCUCUCAAUCGGAAUCAACUGAUGCGAAUCUGACAGGCAACAUCUCACCUUUGAGUAUUGGAGCAAGUGCUGAUACUGGUCUUGGCCUUCGAAGCGGUUCAAGCAUUACUCGUUCGGCCACAUUACCGUUCAAAAAGCAAAGAAGGCUUAGCCAGCUAUUCUUGUCAGAAUUCCCUUCAUCCUCAUCCCCGAUCGAAAUUCCACAAAAACCUCUUCACGGUCGUCAUCGCAGUGCAAGUUCAAAAGGUCAAAGUGAAAUGUUUGAUGAUGAAGCAGCGCCAAGUCAACAAUGGUAUCGUCAAUACCGUCAAAGAGAUCUAGAUUGUGGAAGAACGGAACCUGUAAGUCUUUUGUUGAACAGGAAUCCAACUUGGCAGCCAUUCGCGCCUCCCAUUGAAAUCACCACCAAACAACCAAGCAGCAAGAAUGAAAAACGCAAAAGUGCAAAUAUGGACGGUCUCUUACCCGAUGGCCGUACUCGUCAUCCUUCAGCAGGUUCUGGUGAGAUGAAAGCGUCUCUGGCAACGUUUAGGAAAGAGAAUCAAAAUGGUGAAACAUCAAGUGGCUCCAGUAGUCCAAAUAGUGUCGGUUUAAGUCCUUCCAUGCAAGUAGAAGUUGACACCAGUGCAAAUUGUCUAAGAUGGCCUUCGAAUGAUGUCUUGCCAAUUUCACCCAUCACAGAUGCAAGUGAUCGUUCGAUGCCACAAACACCUGGAGAAAGUCAUCCAUCACUUUCACCCUUGACUGCAUUCACGCCGAUUGAAUCAACGACGAAACGUCCUUCAAUUGAAACUAUACCUUACUCCGAAAGUACGUUUUGCGAUCCAUUAAAUUCUGUAUUACGAUCACCAAAAACGCCCAAUCUCAAUACCGGAUCCAAGCAAGCGCCUUCAACUGUGAUCUUUCCCGUUCCUCCUUGUGCGGAAGUAUCACGGGUGAAUGAAUUGACUCACCAUCUCAAUCACAUUCAAGAAAACACUUAUGAGAAUGAAGACGAGAGAAGGGCGGCACUGGAUGCAUUUGCCGUACUAGAAAGAACGAUUGGAACGGAAGGAAUCACACAACUCAACACUCUCAUCCAAACAGCCGGCGAACGUGAUUGUACAACGGACGAGGAUCUUUUACGUGCGAUUGCAGCCAAUUGUUUCGGUUUAGUGGAUAUGGAUUUAGCAAUCGAAAAUGGCGGAAAGAUUUUAUGUGGUUCUUCGGGUUUUGAUAAACAUAAACGAAUCGAAGCAGAAGAACAAAUGCGAAAACAACCUUGGUAUAUCUUUCAACAUAAUCUCGAACCCAUACCCAAUCCUACUACCAAAGACCCCAUCAAACAAACCGAUCAAGACCAUGAAGCUCGUGUUCAAACAUUUUAUGAAGAUGUAGACGCUUAUGCAAAACGUUUUGUAGCUUUUGACGCUUUGUUAAGUACAAUUUGGAACGUAGACUGCACAAUCAUGCAUACCGUUCGUCAACGUUGCGGUCCUGUUGGUCAAUACGACCCCAAACAACACAAUACACGAAUGGCAGACAAGUAUUUAACAAAAGCUACUUACUGA